UUCAAGCUAGACAGAGCUUAAAGAAGAAGAAGAAGCUUGUUUUGUGUAUCAGUCAACAAUGGGGGAUGAGGUUGUUCUUUUGGACUUCUGUGCAAGCAUGUUUGCGAUGAGGGCGAGAGUGGCGCUGGCUGAGAAGGGUGUCAAGUAUGAGAACAAAGAGGAGGACUUGAGGAACAAGAGUUCAUUGCUUCUGCAGAUGAACCCGGUUCACAAGAAGAUCCCGGUUCUCAUCCACAACGGUAAACCGGUCUGUGAGUCUCUGAUCAUUGUGCAGUAUGUUGAUGAGGUUUGGAGGGACAAAGCUCCUCUGCUUCCCUCUGAUCCUUACCAGAGAGCUCGGUCAAGGUUCUGGGCUGAUUUCAUUGAUAAGAAGCUGUACGUUGCUUCGAGGAAAAUAUGGGGCACAAAAGAAGAGGAACAAGAGGCAGGCAAGAAGGAAUUUAUUGAAGCCCUUAAGCAGUUGGAAGGAGAGCUUGGAGACGAGCCCUAUUUUGAGGGUGAGAGCUUUGGGUUCUUGGACAUUGCUCUUAUCCCAUUCUACAGCUGGUUCUAUGCAUAUGAGACUUGUGGAAACUUCAGCACAGAGGCAGAGUGCCCCAAGCUGAUUGAAUGGGCCAAGAGGUGCAUGCAGCGGGAGAGCGUGUCGAAAUCUCUUGCCGACCCGAAAAAGGUGUAUGAGUCUCUCACUAGUUGGGUAGGAUUAUAGAACAGGCUGCUAGCCAGCAGCAAACUAUCAACAUGGUCACUAUGUUAGCAAAUCCUGCAAUCAUAUGUUAGGCUGUUCUUCUGGAUCUUUUUCCUUUCAGCUUUGUUUUUCCAGUCAAUAAUGAUAUUUGCCGUCGACAACAGUAAUGCAGACACUUUGAUGUGUUUGCCUAUUGUUAUGAAUAAAGUGUUCAUAUGUA